AAUUGAUGUAAAUUUAACCUCUAUGAAAAGCACGACCACACGAGGUACUUGUGUUGGUUCGUCUGUUGACGUCGCUUACUUAUUUAGGUGAUUUAAGUGAUGCUGUGAAGUGAAAAGUGUUGGAAUAAGUGCUUCUCGGAAGCCUGAAUUGCUCUGAUAUAUCUGGUACGUAGUUACGGAACAUCGCAACAAUGUCUCACUACAACUUCAAGAAGAUCACAGUCGUGCCUAGUGCAAAGGACUUUAUUGACAUCAUACUCUCCAAAACUCAGCGUAAAACACCUACAGUCAUACACAGGCACUUCAAGAUAUCACGUAUACGUAGGUUUUACAUGAGAAAAGUCAAGUACACUCAGCAGAACUUCCACGACAAAUUGACAACCAUCCUCACCGAUUUCCCAAAACUUGAAGAUGUCCACCCAUUUUACGCCGAUCUGAUGAACACCCUAUACAACAAAGAUCAUUACAAGCUUUCGCUGGGUCAGAUAAACAUGGCUAAGCACCUCAUAGACAAAGUCGGAAGCGAUUACACCAAACUCCUGAAGUACGGUGACAGCUUGUAUCGAUGCAAGCAGCUGAAGAAGGCUGCCAUGGGUCGGAUGGUGACCAUCAUGAAGAAGCAGGCACCUCCCCUCAAGUACUUGGAAGAUGUCCGUCAACACAUGUCCAGGUUGCCUUCCAUAGACCCCAACACCCGAACACUCUUGCUUUGUGGUUGUCCAAAUGCUGGCAAAUCAUCUUUCAUUAACCUGACUACAAAUGCAGAUGUGGAGGUGCAGCCUUACGCAUUUACCACAAAAUCAUUGUAUGUUGGCCACACGGAUUACGAAUAUCUUAGGUGGCAGGUAGUCGAUACUCCCGGUGUCCUGGACCGACCGUUCGACGAAAUGAACACAAUUGAGUUGCAAGCUAUCACAGCCCUUGCUCACAUCCGGUCUGUGGUUGUCUUUAUUCUGGACAUCUCGGAAACGUGCGACGUUGAAAUUGAACAGCAAAUGAAAAUCUUUGAGAGCAUCAAGCCUCUGUUUGCAAAUAAGCCUUUGAUUGUCGCUUGCAACAAAAUUGACGUCAUGAACUUGGAGCGGCUAGGGAAGGAGUACCCAGCAAAGAGGGCGCUGAUCACUGCGCUAGAGAAGGAGAACAUCCCUGUUCUGGAAAUGUCGACACUUACCCAGGAGGGUGUAAUGGAUGUCAAAAAGCAGGCCUGCGAUCGCCUGAUAGCUCACCGUGUGGAUGGAAAGCUCCGCACAAGAAAGGCGGAUUCCAUCUUGAAUCGGGUUCACGUAGCCAUGCCUGCAAAGAGGGACGUCAAAGAAAGGAAACCGUUCAUUCCUGCGGUCAUUAAGAAGGCCCGGGAGCAGAAGGGCGAAGCGGAGCCGAAGCCUCUGAAGAAGUUGGAGAGAGACCUGGAGGAGGAGCUCAUGGAAGACUACACUCUGGAUUUGAACAAAAACAAGGACUUGGAAAGCGACGAGUGGAAGUAUGACGUCAUCCCACACUUCUGGAAUGGGCACAAUAUUGCGGACUUUGUUGACCCAGAAAUAUUCAAGAAGUUGGAACAGCUCGAAGCAGAGGAAGAAGAAAGGUUAAAGAAUGGAUAUUACGACUUUGACAUUCAGCCUGACUCGGAGAUGGACAAAGAGAUUGGAGAUUUGGCCAAGCGAAUCAAGGAAAAGAGAAUCAUCAAUGCAAUUUGCCGCAGAGUCGACAGAAGGAAGGAAAAGAGAGAGAUAUCUCGCGUUUCCAGGAAGCGCGAGAGGUCCGUCUCUCGUCUGCGGUCAGAGUUCGAGGAAUUGGGUGUGGACAUGUCUGACGUGAAAGGAGCGAACUUCACGAGAACAAAGAGUACGUCGAGACCACCUCUAAAGAAAGCGCGCACAGAAAGCAUAGCUCGAUCAAGAUCAGCCUCAAGAACACCCCGUGAUCAGUCUGGAGUUCGAGAUGUUGAGAUGGCAUCCAAGAUGAAGAGGAUUGGUGAGAAAUCAAGAAGCACAAUCACAAAGGCCGGUAAAGUUUCAGAAAGUGAUCGACGUAUCGUCGACUUGAAGCCUAAGCAUCUGUUCGCAGGGAAGAGAGGACUUGGUAAAACUAGUCGGAGAUAAGAAUUUAGAAUUACUAUUGUAUAUUUGUUAUCGUUUGGUGCGUUUUUCAGUUAGAUAGUUACCAUACUGUUGAUUAAUUCAGUAGUGGUGAAAGACAUUUGAAAAAAGGUUGUAUGAAAUUUAAAUGUAACAGGGGUUUGGUAUUUAUAAAUUUUGUAUUAAAUGCUGGGUAAUUCAUAUGUAUGCCAGUUCGUGUUCCAUGAAUAUGAUGUACUAAAUAUUUAGAUGAGACCAACUUCAGGUGUAAGGUAUCUUAAGUACGUACUACUAGUAGUACUUUUGAGUUCUGUAACUAAACACCGACCCAAUUAAAAGAGUUGCAUAUAGCAUCCUAUGCUUUCAAAUUGUCAGAAAUUUGGCCCUCAUACAACUGCAUAUUAUUGUGCGUCAAGAAGUUAUGUAGUUACAAUUGUUUUACAGACUAUACAUGUGACAUUUUGAAAUACGUACUGUAAAUGUAAAUAUGAAUUCUGUAGAAAAUUAUGGCGGUAAUUUUAAUUUUUUGUUAUGAGUAAUAUUACUUUUGACCAAGAAUUUUGAACCAUUUAAUAAAAGCUACUGGGGAAUUAUGGUAUUGUGCAACCAUAAGAGCUGAUGUCAAGAUAUGGAGUGGUUUGUUUUUGAUAUUUUAUGUAAUUGUAACAGCUAAAGAAAUUGUGAAGACGAGAAGUUGAAGUAGUUUCUGUUUUGUGAAUGCCUGUAUAUUGGCCUCCUUGCUUGUAUCAAAGAUUAAACUGAAUUUCAAGUAAUUCUUGAAGAUGACCAACAUGUUAUUUCUACCAGAUAUAACAGUGUGACAUGACCAACAUCUAAUUUCUACCAGAUAUAACAGAGUGACACAAGAAUCUGUAAUUUACAGGAAAGAAAAUAUAUAAUCUUCAUA